AUGGCGAUGCCCAGCUUCUCCUCCGCUGCCGUAACGUCUAGCUGCGACAAUAUCACUCAUCGUGCCGUUUCGACCUCAGCUGAGCUCGAUACUCUCCUCAAAGGCAUUGACCCUGGGACUUUGGCAGCUCAACACCUGAUUUCUCUCUCUGGCAAACUCGACCGCUUCAAACGCACUACAGAACAGCUACGCCAGUCUCUUACCAGCGCUUCGACUGUGUCGCCUGGCCUUCGAAAUGCUUUGAACAUCUCCAUUCAACCAUGCGCCGACAGUGCGGCUAUUGUUGAUAAGCAAAUCCGGAGGCUAGACACCGGAAAUGUGACCAGGUUAAACCCAGAGGUCAUUACUCUGUAUGAGGAUUACUACAUGGCCAACACUCGCUUGUUCACCCAGUUCACGCAAGUACUUCAAAUACCCACGCUUGCCGAACAAGACUUGCGGCUCUCAGCUCCUGACGGACACCAAUUGCUGGAAAAGGCAGCCGAGGUAUCACAGAUAAUUCUCAGCCGGAACGACAUACUUGGCAACUCAAACGAAGCCGGCCACUCGGGAAUUGAUCUGGCAGCUCUUGACGGCGAGCAGACAGACACACAACCACAUGAACUACCGCCAGAUUACGUGCCCGAAACCCAAGAUAAGGGGAAAAAGAAAGCCACUGGUCUAUUCUCGUCCCUGUCAAAUUCAUUCAAGGCAAUGACUGCCGGCCUCCGCCCAAAGCCCGAGCCUAUGGUCAUUGCUAUGUGCCAGGCCGCCACGGAUGGCGACGUGGGCCUUCUCAAAGGUUUCGUUUCGCAGGGAAUUAACAUCAACGGCCAGAAUGAGCAGGGCUAUACCCCGUUGAUUUGCGCCAUCCGUGCCGACCAACUCUCUGCCGUGGAAUUCCUCAUUUCUGCAGGAGUUGACAAGACUGUCAAAGACUCAGCCAGCGGCAAACGGAAACCCCCGCUGUUCCACGCAGCCGAAUUAGGCUUUGUUCCCAUCGCGGAUUAUCUGAUUAGGAAAGGCGCGGAUACGAAGGAGCGCUCGUGGUCCGGCCAGCCAUACUUCAUCGAGGUUGCGAAUAGUGAUCAGUUGGAUAUCAUUAAGCUGUUCCUCUCUCGCGGCUGUGAUGCAAACAUGGUAGCCAUCAGCGGCCGUAGUAUCUUCACACACGCUAUCCAGAAUGGCAGCCUCCCUCACAUCAAGCUUCUGCAAGAAUACGGUGCAGACAUCAAUACUCGAGAUGCGCAUACUGGCCAAUCCGGGCUGCAUGUAGCUCUGGGCCAGAACCGCCUGGACAUCGUCUCAUGGCUCCUUGAACACGGCGCUAACCCUAAUGUCUCGGACUACACCGGCACCACGUUGCUCAUUUCUGCGCUUCACAAGAAGCAGUACGAGUUGGCCAAGCUGCUCCUUACUCGUGGCGCCGACCCCAACUCAACAGGACUGAUGGGCAAGGGAGUCUUGUGGCAAAUGUUGCAAAACAAGGACAUGGACGACGGCACCAGAGCUGAUCUUGUCAGUGCGCUCCUUGAGAAAGGAGCUGACCCCAACCAGACCGACAACUGGGGAGAGUCUAUCAUGUCCCAGGUUAUAACGCUGGGCAAUACCGAACUGCUUCGUACUUUUCUGGCGCACGGAGGUAACGCGAACAAGAAGGUCAAGGAGGAUACUUUUCUUCUUUACGCCAUUGACCGCGGAAGAUACGAACACGCAAAGAUGUUGCUCAAACACGGGGCUGACGUUAACGCGCCCGACAACAAAGGCCGAGUUCCUCUUAUAGAGGCUCUGCAGAUGGACAGCAUGCCUUUCGUAGAGCUCCUACUUCAAUUCGGCGCUGAUCCAAACAAAACUGGCCAGAUUAAACCAUUAGCUCUUGCGAGGCUUCUGGGGAACCCCGAACUCAUCCAAGCAUUAGCUGAAAGAGGUGCCGAAGCUCCUAAGAGGCACGUGCAUGAAAGAACACCGACGAGUCCGGCCACUCCGUCCAGUCCUGCUUCCGCAACGAGAACGAAUGUUGCUUCCGCCCAGAGCAGAGCUGAGCCGAGAAGAUCCGAUGUGCCACCUCCAUACACAGAAGCAGGCGGCUUAAAAUAA